AUGGCUUUUCUCAACAGAGGGAGAACCAACCCCGGAUGUUGGCUUUCUCCAGACAGCUCAACAAUUAUGCGAGUGAGGACAUGCAGACCUCCUCCUUGUACUACUGCCGCGCUAACUGCGUGUAUGUCUAUGCAUGAGGUGAGGUACUCCGACUG